AUGAUGUAUUUGAGGAGAGGAGCAGCCUAUGUGCUGCUGGGGCUGUCAUUAUACGUCGUCGCCGAGGAUCCUGUUUCAAGCUUCAAAGCAGAAAUUCUGUUUCCCCCGCACCUAACCCUCACAGUCUACCAGAACGAUUCCAUCAUAGUCCUGUAUAAGUCCGAGAUCCCAGACAAUUCCCUUUAUACCUGGUGCUGGGAUGGUGAGAAGUCCCCAACAUUAAAAGCCAAGAUUCAAGACGCGGUAGCGUAUAACGGAGAGGAGCUCGCGACGAUCAAUUACACGAGCUCGGACAGUUGCUGGUUCAACCUGAGAAGUAAAGAAAAUCCAAAUGACAUAGGCUGGAACAGCGGCUGGUUCAAGGUAGCCAGCGGGAAGAGAGCAACAGCCUCGACAUUCAGCCUCGGCGCCUCAAUUACUAGCUCCUCGACUAGCUCUUCCUCGACGACGCCCUCUUCAUCAUCGGAGGUGACCUCCUCGCUAUCCACGACUGGUUCAAGCUCCGGGUCGAACCCGACGACCGGGUCAGAAGGGACGGGGGAGAUCACGCUCGGGGGUCCCACAGAGAGCACCUCUCUGUCAACAUCGACACUCGUCUCUUCUGCCUCAGCUUCCAGUGCCGCGGCAACCACUACAGCUUCGGGGGGGAGCAAGGAUGAUUCAGCUGCUUCGGGCGGCAGCUCCGCAUCCUCUGGCGAUGGGCUAGGAACGGCAGCCAGGAUCGGCCUCGGGGUCGGUAUUACGAUGGGGGCUAUUGGGAUCACGGCCCUGGCGGUCGCGUUCUGGAUGGUCAGACGCCGGAACACGGUCGUCAAGCGGGCGGAGACGAUCCCCGCCAGUGAGGAGCUUCAGGGCGACGUGUCCAAGCGUCCGUGGUGGCGCACAGAUAUCCGAGAGAUGGCGUCAAAUGAGGAGCUGCGACGAGGACCACAACACGAGAUGACAGGCUAA